UUCAGAGCCUUUCGCUGGUUACAGACGAUGAUCUUUACCAUUGAAGAAAUCAACAGGGAACCGAACAUUUUGCCCAGUAUUACUCUGGGCUAUAAGGUGUAUGACACUUGUGAUAUGUAUGCUCUGAGAGCAGCUAUGUCUUUGCUCAGUGAUGUUGGAGAUGAAGUGCAAAACAGCACGUGCAACGGAGCAGCGUCUGUUCAAGCAAUAAUCGGGGAAGCCGGUUCUCUUCAGUCCAGUAUUAUUGCAAGCUCAACAGGACCGUUCCAGGUUCCGAUUGUCAGUUACUUCUCCACAUGUACCUGCCUGAGUGAAAGACGCAAAUAUCCUGCGUUUUUCCGGACAGCGCCCAGCGAUUAUUUUCAGACCAAGGCUUUGGCGCAGCUGGUGAGGCACUUUGGCUGGACUUGGAUUGGGGCUCUUGCUAAUGACGACGAUUACGGGAGAUUUGGGACCCAGCAAUUCAUCGAACAGGUCACCGAGUUUGGCGUUUGUGUCGCUUUCUCAUACAUUCUGCCGAAGAUUUACAACCCGGAUAAGAUAUCUCAAAUCGUGGCUGUGAUAAAAAGAUCAUCAGCCAAGGUUAUUGUCGUGUUCAGCCGCGAGAGGGAAAUGCUUCAAUUAGUUCAGGAGAUCACUAGACAAAAUGUGACUGGCAUCCAGUGGCUUGCUAGUGAAGCCUGGAUCACUGGGGCUGUGCUUUAUACAGAACAAUUCUUGCCGUAUCUGGAAGGAGCGAUUGGCUUUUCAUUUCGUAGAGCAGAAAUUCCUGGCCUUCGAGAAUUUCUCCUCGGGGUGAAACCUUCCCCACACGAGGGCAGUAGCUAUACAAACGUGUUCUGGGAGGAGCUGUUUGCAUGUAAAUUAAAACUGCCUGAAAAUACCACCGAAGGAUCAUAUACCAGGGCCCGUUUAUGCACGGGAUCGGAGAGUCUUGAAGGUAUCGACACCAUAUACUCUGAUACCUCACAGCUCAGAGUAUCAUACAACGUGUACAAAGGCGUCUAUGCCAUUGCCCACGCACUGAAUCGCUUAAGCUUGUGUGAGAGCGGCAAAGGGCCGUUUAUAAACAAUAGUUGUGCAAGUAUACACAACUUUAAACCGUGGCAGCUCCUUCAUUACUUAAAGGAAGUCAGAUUCACCGACCAGUUUGGAGGGGAAAUAGGAUUUGAUGAAAACGGAGAUGCAAUUGCAUCGUACGACAUGAUUAAUUGUCAGAGAAGUACCAGUGGUAAGGUGAAGUAUGUCCAGGUUGGUCGUUUUGAUUCCUUCGCAAUCCCAGGACAGGAACUUUCUCUGGAUGAACAUUCCAUCGUUUGGACUGAGUGCAAAAAAUGCUCUUCGGAUGAUUGGUCAAAUAAUGAGAGAACCAAGUGCAUUCCUAGAGAAGUCGAAUAUCUUUCCUUUGAAGAUGCAACAGGCAUUACAUUGAGCGUAAUUGCGUUGGUGGGCGCUUGUCUAACGGUCGCAGUUAUAGCUAUUUUCUUUCGACACAAAAACACUCCUAUCGUAAAAGCAAACAAUUCUGAGUUGAGUUUUCUUCUCUUGAGCUCCCUUGUUAUGUGCUUCUUGUGCUCCAUGACAUUUAUUGGUCGGCCAUCUUUCUGGUCCUGUGCAUUGAGGCACACGGCGUUUGCAAUCAUUUUCGUGCUCUGUGUCUCUUGCAUACUCGCUAAAACUGUUGUGGUGUUGAUGGCAUUCAGAGCGACGCUUCCCAACAGCAACGUGAUGAAAUGGUUUGGUGCCACUCAACAGCGGACUGUCAUCUUCUUCUGUACUAGUGUCCAGGCUGGAAUCUGUGUCAUGUGGCUAGUCAAGUUUCCGCCAUUUCCCAUGAAAAAUACCACUUAUCAAAACACUAAAAUCAUCUUAGAAUGUAAUGUUGGCUCAGUGCCAGCUUUCUACAGUGUAUUAGCUUACAUUAGCAUCUUGUCUUGUAUCUGUUUUGUGUUGGCCUUUCUAGCAAGGAAAUUACCCGACAAGUACAACGAGGCCAAAUUUAUAACUUUCAGUAUGUUGAUUUUUUUCGCAGUAUGGAUAACCUUUAUACCAGCUUAUGUCAGCUCACCAGGCAAAUACACAGUCGCAGUGGAGAUCUUUGCAAUUUUGUCUUCAAGCUUUGGGCUGCUUCUGUGUAUUUUUACCCCGAAAUGUUUCAUAAUUCUGCUGAGGCCAGAGAAGAAUACUAAAAGAAUGCUAAUGAAUAAAUGCUAA